AACGAAUCAUGCGUAAAAUUACCAUGACUCCAAAAGAGGGUUCCCAAAGAUAAGCAGAUCCAGUUCUGCUUUGAACUGCUAGCAGCAAUGAAGAUCGUUUUGGUUUUCUUAUUUUUGGUCGUUUAUGAAUCUUCUUCAGAUGAAUUUUUGUUGAAACACCCUAGAGAUAUUACUGAUGACAUGAAAUUUAACCCUUGGAUGGUAAAGUUCAUAGAAUACAGUAAUGAUACACGAGUUUACAAAAUAUGUUGCUUAACAACAAUAUUCCAAAAAAUAGAGAAGUUAAAAAAAGAAAUCGAUAUCGGUCAUAAGAAAAUAAUUUACAGGCCCCAACAUCUCGAAGCAGAAUUCCGGGACGCACAACGUCGCCUGAAAAGUAUAUGGAAGCGUAUUUCCGACGCCUUAAGAGCACAUGAAAGCCUAGAGAAGAGUGGUAAAGGCGGUGUACAGAGCUUAAUUAAAUCCUCUGAAGGCAUAUUUUCCAUGAUUUUAGAAGAAAUCGAGGCUAUGUUGCGAUACGAAGGCGUACAACCGGAAAAUAAGGCUUAUAGAACUCUAUUCUUCAAAUUUUUUAAAACGUUAAACACCAUUAUGGGUAGAUCUUUAAAAUGUAUGUAUGAUGUGUGGGAUAAAUUUGAUACACAUAUAAAUAUAAAAUAUUUCUGAACAUUGUAAAAAUUACGUUGCUAGCUUUGUUAGCACUUAUAAAUUAAACAUUUUAAUCACUUCCUGUCCAUAA